AUGAUGAGGUUACAGAAAUACGAUUUCACCGUGCACUAUGAGCGUGGCGAGAACAUGCAUUUGGCUGACAUGCUGUCAAGGGCUUACCUGCCCUACAACGGAAAAGAAGUAGAUGACUUCGAAUCAGUCAACAUGGUCCGUUAUCUACCCAUAUCUGACCAACGUUUAGACGAAAUAAGAGCAGAGACUCGGAAGGACCAGUGUCUGCGAGAGUUGUCAGAUACUAUUCUCGUAGGAUGGCCUGAGAAGAAGGAGCAUGCUCCAGCACUGAUACACCCUUACUUCAGUAUGCGUGACGAACUGACCGUACAAGAUGGGCUGAUUUUCAAAGGAAAUUCCGUUGUGAUACCAAAGAGCCUUCGCACAGAUAUGAAGCUGAAGAUUCACUCGUCCCACCUUGGAAUAGAGGCGUGUCUGAGGCGUGCCCGUGAAUGUAUCUACUGGCCAGGCAUGUCUGCGGAAAUGAAGCACCACAUCUCCGCCUGUGAAAUAUGUAGAGAACUCGACAGCACCACGCACCCAAAGGAGACACUAAUGUCCCAUGAGGUCCCAUCCCGUCCUUGGGAGAAGAUCGCCACAGACAUCUUUACUCUUGAUGGCAAAGACUACCUGGUCACCAUCGACUAUUAUAGCAAUUUCUGGGAGGUUGACAGGUUGCCGAACACUAGAGCCAGCACCACCAUUCUGAAGCUAAAGAGUCACUUUGCUCGCUACGGUAUACCUGAUCAAGUGAUCAGUGACAAUGGGCCACAGUUUACAAGUGACGAAUUCGCUGAAUUCUCCAGAAAAUGGGAUUUUGAGCCCCUUACCAGUAGCCCUGGAAAUAGCAAAGCCAAUGGCAAGGCUGAGUCUGGGGUGAAGACAGUCAAGCGCAUUCUGAAGAAAUCAAUCAGGGCUGGAACCGACCCAUACCUCGCCGUACUCGACUAUAGAAACACGCCGACACAAGGGACGACGACCAGCCCAGCACAACGCCUGAUGAGCCGAAGGACCAAAACACUCCUUCCUGCCACUCAAAGCCUACUACUACCCAGGACCAUAAACCUGGAAGUGGAAAAGAAAGAGCUGCGACAGCGCCAGCAGGCCCAAGCCAAGUACUACAACCGGUCCGCAAAGGAUUUACCCAGUUUGUCUGAAGGCGAUGUUGUUAGAAUGAAGCCAUUCAAACUUGGAGAUAAGUCUUGGCGCAAGGCCAAAGUCACUGCAAGACUCGACGAGCGAUCAUACACCGUUGAGACGGACAACGGAGCAGUCUACCGCAGAAACCGACAGCACCUGCGGAAAACGUCUGAACCACCAGUUGAACCCACCAUCACAGCGCCAGAACCGGAUAUGGCCAGCGCAGAUGAACAGGCGACCACAACCGCAGCGUCUACCCCUGACCAGAGCAAUGCUCCUCACGAGCCACACCCUGAAGAGGUGACUGUCCCGGAACAAUGUCGGAGGUCAGAGCGUGUCAGGAGGAGCCCAGCAUACCUCUAG